UAGUAGUGGCUGGGCAUCCGUGGUGAGCAGGUGUGUGUCGCCUCUCGUCGCUGCAGGGAGAGUUAGCGCGGCUCCCUCUCUCCCUCUGGCUUCCCAACGGCGCCAAAGUCUCACGGAGAAACUUAUUAUUAUCAGACGCAAGAAACAACGCUUUUAGAACUUAAGAGAAAAAUCUGACUGGGUGACUUUGCACUAAUAAUAAUAACAGAAAUAAUAAUAAUAAGUUACUCCCACGUGCAAGAAUUGAAAAAAAAGUGACUAUUUACAUACUUGAGCUUGAGAGAAAAUAUAUCGGGAGAACAAAGAACAAACUAUGGAUUUGUUUUAAUCUUCUGAAGAACACACACACACACACACACACACACACACACACACACACACACACACACACACACACACACACACACAUAUACAUACAUAGCCCCCUACACACACACAAACACACAUACACAUGGUUCAAGUGCUAACCUAACCUAACCCAAGCUAACUCAACCCCACCAUACAAACCCCAUCACCACCACCACCAAGUCACCACCACCCUCUACAAGCCACUUCGCCAACCUCACUUCGCCUGACCCCACGUUCGACUCCUCCCAACGCGCAACAGUUCCCCCGCCCACCAGAAACCAGAAGCAACAGAUCCUCGUCCUUGGCUGAAGAGGAAGUGUCCACGUGCUUGCAUUAGGAGGCCAAGACACAUCUGGCAACUUUCUGGAAGAACAAGAACGGCGAGCAAGGUCGGGGCAGCACAGAGCGAACAGUCACACUCUUCGGCGCGCCUCGGCGAAGUCACAACAAGAAGCGGGACCUGCGGGAGCCUGUCUACGAGGUGGCUCUACCGACGAUCUCAGUGCGCUUGGGACCCAAAAGUGUGCGAUUCGAUCCAUAGACGAGAUUCUCCACCUCUUCUUUUAUAGUCAGACUCUUCGGGCCGUCUCAGCGAGGUCACAGCAAGAAGCGUGGACCCGCGAGAGCCUUUUUCUGCGAGGUGGAGUUACCGACGAUCAUAGUUCACAGCGGAAUCCAGAAGUGAGCGAUUCGAUACUAUCCAAGACGAUUUUCUACCCCUUCUUUUGUCUUCAGUUUCUUUCAUCCCAAUGCUAACAACCACUCAACCUCCUCUGUCUCCUUUGUAACGAUUGUGUUGUCUUCUGUUUCACCUCGCAUCGUACUGUCAACUCUUACGUUCCACCUUUUCCCCGUCUCUUGGUCUUCAGUUUCUUUCAUCCCUUUGCCAACACCCAAUCGGCCUCCAUCUCCUUGUAUAUCAUCGGUCUUGCUAUGUAACAUUUGCACUGCCUUCUGUUUCACCCUCGCAUCAUACUGUCUCACUCUGAUCUUCCUCUUCUCCCAGUCAAACUUCUAACAACCCCUUCCUAUCUAUGCCUCCGUCCUAGUCUCAAAACCACCACUAUAACCAACUGCGUUCUCCUCCUCUUCUCCUCUCUGUCUUACAUUUCAUCCUCGCACCGUACUCACCCUUGUCUUCCACGCUUCCCCGGCAAAUCUCUAACAUUCCCUUCCUAUCUACGUGUCCGUCCUAGUCACAAAGCCGCCACUGUUCUCCGCGACUAGUAUGCUUCGACUAUAACCUACGGCGUUCUCCUCAUCACGUACAAUCCCAUGCGACUCCCUCUCCGUCCCUUGCCGAGGCACUAAAACUCGUCCACCAUGCAAGGAGACGCCGCCGCCGCUGCCAUGGACGUGGAGCAGCUCGUGGACCCGCUGGUGCCCGAGGACAUGGUGUCACUGGGGAACAUUCUGCCGCAGCCUCAUGACCAACAAUGGCACGACUUCAUGAACCAGUCCACGGUGAUCUACAACGUCACGGUGGACUUGAACAAGAUGCUGCAGUGCUUCGACCAGUACAUACAGUCGAGGAGCAGCCCGGAGUUCGGUCCUGGGGCGUGUCCGGUGAAGUUUGACGGUGUGUCCUGCUGGCCCGAGACCCCGCCCGGCCACGUGAGGGUCAUCCGCUGCUUCGACAUGUUCAACGGUGUGCGCUACGACCCCUCAGAUAAUGCCACGCUACUCUGCUUCCCCAACGGCACCUGGUCCUCCAACGCCUCCUACGCCGACUGCCACAACCUGCAGGAGCACGGGGUGAGCCUCGAGCGGGAGAAGAUGACCUACAUCAACCAAAUCAUCUUCUACUUCGGCUACUCGCUCAGCCUCGCCGCCGUCACGCUCGCCCUCUUCAUCUUCCUCUCGCUGAAGGACCUGAGGUGUCUGCGUAACACCAUCCACGCCAACCUGCUGUCCACUUACCUGCUCCACAACCUCUUCUGGAUCAUCUGCGCUUCGAUACAGACGCUCGUCCCCGUCAGCGUGAACUGCUCUUUCCUCGUCUUCCUCAACUACUUCACUCUCACCAGUUUCUUGUGGAUGUUCGUCGAGGGCUUCUACCUUUACAUGCUGGUUGUGAAGACGUUCUCGGUGGACAACAUCAAACUUCGGAUGUAUACGCUCAUCGGCUGGGGUGUUCCAGUACCAAUCAUCAUCGUGUGGGUCGCCGUCAAGUCAACUCAUCCCUACCAGCCGGGAACGCCGCUAGAAGAGACGGGGAUGGAGAGCCACAUGUCGGAAGCGUGCAGUCUCAUUCACCUCAGCACCGUCGACUGGAUACACCGCGUGCCAGUGCUGGUGUUCCUGUCCCUCAACGUCCUCUUCCUCAUGCAGAUUAUGUGGGUUCUCAUCACCAAGCUUAGGUCGGCCAACACGGCGGAGACGCAGCGCUACCGUAAGGCUGCCAAGGCGCUGCUGGUGCUCAACCCGCUCCUCGGCCUCACCUACAUGCUCUUCAUCGCCACGCCGGGGGAGUUAGCGCCGGUGGUGGCCCUCCUUCUCUCAACGCAGGGGUUCUUCGUGGCACUCUUCUACUGCUUUCUCAACAACGAGGUGCAGAACAGCGUCCGCCACCACCUGGAGCGCUGGAAAACCUCACGCGGACUGACGGACCGGCGGACGUCUUCAACGAGGCGCGGACGAGAGGUGUCACCCUUAUCUCGAUCCCGAUACUUCAGCUACGGCCGGCGGAUGUUCGGAGGCAAGAGGGAGUCGGUGUCGAUGUGUUCAGAAGUGACCACACUGUCCACGGUGGUCACGGCGAACAAUAACCACACCGUCACCACCACCACACUACCACUGCCGCCGCGACGCCCCAGCGAGAUUGACGCCGACGCUACUGUCAGAGAUUCGUUGCUCUAAAGUGACUCUAAACCCAGUAGUCUAAUCCUGAUCUAAUCUAAUCUGAAACUAAAAUGGGACGACUUCGAGUGACCUGUGACGCGCAAAUAAUUCACAAGAGGGACACGAGAGAAUGAUCGAAUGUGCGGUCUUGUCACGGAAGGUCUUAAGCUGUAGGGACCAAUAUUGCAAGUGUGGAUCUCAUUGCUCUGGUCGGCAUUGCUAAACCAAGUCCAGCGUCGUGGUUCGCGUCUCUGGAACCAUCUGGACACUGUAAAGUUCAGAAGGCAGGAACAGCUUACGUUUCUGGUGCCAAAGUCAUCCACGGCCCAGGUUCCAUGAUAACUCCUUAGACAGUGUUGGAUCAUCCCGCCUCACCAUUACAGAGUGCUGAUAGAGCGUGUCACUGCAGCAGAGACUUCAAGCGUCAAUUAAGGAAGCUUUCCCUUCGACCAAGACUUCUGAAACGUUGCCCCUGUUUGGUGGUUCACUCCUGAGUCCCUGUGGUGCUUUAAUACUAAUCCUUCGGGCAGCAUUCGUAUAGCCUACACUUCCGCGGCAGUAGCGGGAUACUCUACAUCUAUUAUCUACAGGAUAUGAUAUUCUUAAAACGCGGCAAGACUCGCCGAGCGUGCAGUUCCAGAGCUUACGGAGUUGGACUUUAGAGUUCUCCUCAAGCCCAAAAGGCACGGCAAAUGAGCUCCACGAAAUGAACAGUAUACCAGCUCUAAUGAUCCUGACCGCUCAAGAUCGUAUUGGCUCUUCGCCUUGUCCAGCCUGUCAGCCCGCGAAGCUAUCCACGUCACUAUCCACGCCCACGUCACAAAAUUACGAAGACACGGAAGUCGAUACCUUCCUGCUUCGGCAUUCACCAUUACGAGAGAGAAAGAACGUACUGCUUCUAUAAACCCGCGACAACCAUGUAAGCGGGAACUUAAUCUAGGACACUGGCAUGAUGCGACGACGUGAUUAAAGCGGACAGUUGAUAUUUUUAGCAUGGAGGAGUUAGUCAACCAUUUUGGUGCUCUUGUGUAUGUGGUUUCAUCAAGGAAAGACCCCAACCAGAGACUCAAGCAGGAGUGAGAUGAUUCCAUUGACCAGUAUUACAGUCGUUGGUGCCGCCCUUCGCCCACAGGACAAUACAGCAAUGGCAGGCCACCAACAGCUUGCUAGUGAUAAUGUAAAGACUGUGAGUCGCUGUCCAGUGGUAAGUGCGGACACUAAACAAACACUGGUAUAUCUGCGGCGCCGCACUCACGUUGGCCACAUCAGUGUUAGUGAAGUGUGUCGGGAUGGAGUGGCGUGGCGGGAAGUGAACGAGUAGUCGCGUCUCCAUCUCGCUGUCGUGUGCGGGAAACAAGUGACGCCCGCACGCCUGUUACCCUCCGCCAGAAGUGUUUGAUGGUCGUGUACAAAGUGGUGGAUGUUCAUUACUACUUAAUCUCUUUGAAAUCGUACUGGAAAUAUUUUUAUCCAUAUUUUUAUAAACUCUAACUACGGCCGGGAACAAACACUAAUAGGCUAUGCUGUGGAAUUCAACGGUUGCCAAGCAAACAUUGGAGGCAGGUUAAUUUUGUCUCCGAAAGCAAAUACUGGGCAAAGCCGUAUUUUCGGUAUACAAACUUCUGUUCUGUUUCUCCCUCGGCCCCCUCGCUCGCCUGGGGGUGGUGAGGGAGGGGCCAGGGUCUGGGAGGUCCCUCACCGUGCCUCCCUUGCGGUUUUUUGGCUGUGCAAUUUAGUAUUCUUUCUAUCGUUCUGUCGAGCUUUAGGACGAUGUGUUAAUCAUUGUUUGUCUCUGUAUUUUUUAUCUCUAUACUGGUUAACCUUUGAGGUGGGUGAAAGUGAGGCUGAUUCACAGACUAUAUGUAAUGAUGUCGUGUAACUAAGCUGUGAAUAAAUGGGCUGGCUAA